ACUGUGAAAGAACGAAAUACCCCGGGAUGUCCAGUCUGUCCUCAGACUGAAGGGCAAGCCCAGAGCCCCUAAGAACUCCUGAGAGGUUGAUUGUGUCCUGAGCCGAAGAUGUUUCCAGAGCAACAGAAAGGGGAGUUUGUAAGCGUCUGGGUCCGGGACCCCAGGAUUCAGAAGGAGGACUUUUGGCACUCUUACAUCGACUAUGAGAUCUGUAUUCAUACCAACAGCAUGUGUUUUACAAUGAAAACGUCUUGUGUACGAAGAAGGUACAGAGAAUUUGUGUGGCUGAGGCAGAGGCUCCAAAGCAAUGCGUUGCUGGUACAAGUGCCAGAGCUUCCGUCUAAAAACCUGUUUUUCAACAUGAACAACCGCCAGCAUGUCGACCAGCGCCGCCAGGGCUUGGAAGAUUUCCUCAGAAAAGUCCUGCAGAACGCACUGCUGCUUUCCGACAGCAGCCUCCACCUCUUCCUGCAGAGCCACCUGAACUCCGAGGACAUUGAAGCAUGUGUUUCUGGGCAGACCAAGUACUCGGUGGAAGAAGCAAUUCACAAGUUUGCCUUGAUGAAUAGACGGUUCCCCGAAGAAGAUGAAGAAGGGAAAAAAGACAACGAUGUAGACUAUGAUUCAGAAAGUUCAUCCUCUGGGCUUGGACACAGUAGUGAUGACAGCAGUUCACAUGGAUGUAAAACGAGCCCAGCUCUGCAGGAGUCCUGAGAAGGAAUUCUAGGGCUACCACAUUAGAACAAAAUUGUGCCCAGCCGGGAAAGAAUGCUUGCUCACAAUAGAUUCUUACCUAAUGCCACUGUCACUAUCCUAGGUAGUUAAAUUCUUAAAGUGGUUGGUUAUUAGUGCUAGUAUUUUUAUGUUGUUUAAUUGUAGCCAAGCUUCUGUAUGAAGCUAUAAGAUCUGUGAAUGCUAUACAACCCUUUAUUGCCAUAUAAUACUUGUAAAUAUGAUCCUGCUCUCAAGUGAAAUGAGUUAUGGGAUAUAUAUAUAUGUAUCUCCAUAUAUAUAUAUAUAUCCGUCCAGUUGCUCUUAACUGAAUUUUAAGUAGCUAGGUGUACCGGUAGCAUUCAAAACCUGGACAGAGCAUUCUUUCUGUAUCAAUGAGGAAGUUACUGUAAAGGCAGGAGCCAGGGUACAGUCACGGCCCGGGAGCCUGGCCCUUUGGCUCUGGUUUUGUGGAGACUUCCCCUACUCUGGAAAAUACUUUGCUUUUAGGUAUUUGAUUGAAAUAUUUAAGAGUAUUUAAGCUUUCCAGUAUAUCACAGGUAAAUGGAAAAUGUGUCUUAUAAAUAGAGAUGUACGUACUAAAAUAAUGUUUACAUCUUGGGGAGUGGGGGAGAACCAGAAGAAGUGUUCGUAAUUCUGCUGAAGUUUGCCAUAUGUAGCUUUAGAAACAUAUCCUCACUGUCCCAAAUCAGCUUAAAUGUGCUUUUGGGCAACAAGUCAUUCGUCUACUAUUGUGUAAUUACAGUCACAGCUUAUGAUUUAUCUUCUGACAUUUAAAAAAAAAACGUGCAUAAAAAAAUCAACAGGUAACUUUUGUUCGCCGUUGCUGCUCACUAUUUUUAAGUUAGAGUUUAUUUUUUAUUUUUAACAAGAGUGAAUUUUACACAUAAAUAUUUCAGUAAUUUUGGAGUGGAAAUCAGGUUGCUAAUGUCAGAGCUCAUGGUCAUGUUUUAGAAGCCUUUUCUUUUUAGGUAUCUACCCGAAGAUUGUUAAUUUGAAUAAAAUAGCUUUUUUUUUUUUUUUUUUUUUUUAACUGGCUCAAAGAUAAGAUGGUUUGCGUCCACUAUGAACUUCUAGUUGCAGAUGAGGCAGCAUUUUCCUGGGAUAAUUAGCUAAGUCCUCUCCAGUCAGGAUGGAGCUUGUUCCUCUCUGGGGGCUAGCAGAAGGUAUUUUCAUCGAAGUGGGAUAACUUGUUGCUUUCAGUGAAUGGCUCUCACUCUCACUGGGUGCAAAAGCUGCUGCAAAAAGCAGCCAUUUUACUUGGGUGUUUAAGAGUUACUGUAUUAGUGAAAAGUUAUUGAAUUGUCUUUUGAAAUGCUUGUUUCAGAGAACUGGUGAAAACAAGAAACAGAAAAUUUAAUUUGGAAGAAGAAUGAUUUCGUGUUUUUUUUUUUUUUGUUUUUUUUUUGUUUUUUUUUUUUUUUUUAAGUUUGGUCUGAACAGUACUUCUGUAAAUAUUUUGAUUUUGUAUCGUAUAUCUUGUUACCCUGUCUUCUGAUAGUCGUUAUUUUACUGCAGGAAGAAAACCAUUCAGCAGCUGCUUAUCUUGCUGUAUGUAGUUCCCAUUCCUCAGUAGCAUAUGUGAAUUCACAACAUUUGUGUUUCUUAGCAUUUCUGAAAAGCAUACAUGUGCCACCAGUUUAUCAUACUAUUUCUUGAUGACAUGUAACCAUCAAAGUUAAUAUUAAGUGAUGCUUAAUAUUUGCUCUGUGAACUUUACAAGGUCAUUGUUUUCACAUUAAA